CAAUGAUGGUCAGCAGGCGGAACGCCGUCUGCAGCCGGGGCCCGAGUCUACGCUAUCCCUCGGUCCCGGGUUCUCCGCCCCGCAUCACGCCGACGCGGCACUCUCCGGCCCCGCUGGCCCCCCUCCCUCCUCGCCCGCGAACGCUUCUGAAUGAGCCGAGCGCCGCGUAGGGGGUCGGGGGCCCGGGGGCAUUGGCGCUACGGCCCGGGGGGCUGCGCUGGCAAAGUUGUGCGUCCUUGAAGGCUGGGGUGCGGCCUGGGUCUGUGCCUCCGGGCCCCUCCUGGGGGCCGGACCGAGCGCGCGGGGAGCCGGACCAUGGAGGUGGAGGAAGCGUUCCAGGUGGUGGGGGAGAUGGGUAUCUAUCAGAUGUACCUGUGCUUCCUGCUGGCCGUGCUGCUGCAGCUUUAUGUUGCCACGGAAGCGAUCCUUAUUGCAUUGGUCGGAGCAACGCCUUCCUACCACUGGGACCUGGCAGAGCUUUUGCCUAAUCAAAGCCAUAGCAACCAGUCAAGGACUGAAGACCAAGCCUUUGGGGAAUGGUUCCUGACAGCCAAUGGAAGCGAGAUGCACAAGCACGUCCAUUUCAGCGGCACCUUCACCUCCAUUGCCUCCGAGUGGUUCCUAAUUGCCAACAAGUCAUACAAAGUGAGUGUAGCCAGCUCAUUUUUCUUCAGUGGUGUAUUCGUGGGAGUGAUAACAUUUGGACAACUUUCAGAUCGUUUGGGAAGGAAAAAGGUCUAUCUAACAGGUUUUGCCCUUGACAUCCUGUUUGCUAUUGCAAAUGGAUUUUCCCCCUCAUAUGAGUUCUUUGCCAUAUCUCGAUUUCUCGUGGGAGUGAUGAAUGGAGGGAUGUCGCUGGUAUCUUUUGUUUUAUUGAAUGAAUGUCUGGGUACUGCCUACUGGGCUCUAGCAGGAUCCAUCGGUGGGCUGUUUUUUGCGGUAGGAAUUGCCCAGUAUGCCCUGCUAGGAUACUUCAUUCGCUCCUGGAGAACGCUUGCAGUUGUCGUUAACCUGCAGGGAACAGUGGUCUUUCUCUUGUCACUAUUCAUUCCUGAGUCCCCCCGAUGGUUAUACUCCCAGGGCCGACUUCAAGAAGCAGAAGAUGCCCUCUACCUCAUUGCCAAGAGGAACCGGAAGCUCAAGUGCACUUUUUCCCUGAUGCCUCCAGCAGAGGGGAUCUCCAAAGAGACUGGCAGUUUCCUGGACCUCUUCCGCUACAGGAUCCUCUUGGGGCACACUCUGAUCAUGAUGUUCAUCUGGUUUGUGUGCAGCUUGGUUUAUUAUGGCCUAACCCUCAGUGCAGGAGAUCUGGGUGGAAAUAUUUAUGCCAACCUGGCCCUGUCGGGGCUGGUAGAGAUUCCCUCCUAUCCUAUCUGUAUCUAUUUGAUUAACCACAGAUGGUUUGGUCGCAAGCGGACCUUAGCAGUUUUCCUGUGCCUUGGAGGACUGGCCUGUCUUAUUGUCAUGUUUCUUCCUGAAAAAAAAGACACAGGCGUAUUUGCAAUGGUGAACAGCCAUUCUUUGUCUUUACUAGGAAAACUGACCAUCAGUGCUGCUUUUAACAUUGUUUACAUCUAUACAUCAGAGCUUUAUCCAACAGUCAUCAGGAAUGUUGGACUAGGUGUGUGUUCCAUGUUUUCCCGAGUUGGUGGAAUUAUCGCUCCCUUCAUUCCCUCACUGAAAUAUGUUCAGUGGUCUUUACCUUUCAUCGUAUUUGGUGUAGCUGGCCUGUCUUCUGGACUUCUGAGUUUAUUGUUGCCAGAAACCCUAAACAGACCUUUGUUGGAAACACUAUCUGAUCUCCACGUAUAUUCAUAUCGGAGGCUGGGGGAUGAAGCAUUAUCUUUGAAAGUACUGGACCAUGAACAGUCUGAAGACAAGGAGAUUUCAUUUGGAAGUGAAAGUAAUGAAGAUGAGUUCUAUGAUGCAGACGAAGAGACUCAGAUGAUAAAAUGAGAACUGAGGGCCUCCCCAUCGUCCUCCAAUCAUCUUUCAUGCCUCUGACUUCAGACAGAUUUUCCCUGUGAACCUGGAAAGCAGUGGUCAGUGGCGAUGCAGUGACUAGUAGACAGUGCUCCUCUUGACUGUGGAAUCUUUGGGGCAGGAAGAGAAUUUGGGAGACAUUCCCACAGGAAGGAAGACUCUGGUAUUCUCUUUGGAGAAACAUCUGAAACAUUUCUUGAAUUGGAGGUUAUCUCAGAACUGUGAUGACCUCCAACCUCAACCCCAGCGUGUCCAAGAGCCUCACCCUAUCUAUAUUCUCAAAUGGCAGAGGUCAUUUCUGGAGGUCGAGUCUUAGGGGUGCCUUGAAGUAGAUUUUGUUGAAUAUGCCUGAAUGUGAUCUGAAGGCGGAAGGAUGAAUUUGUCUAAUCAUUUUGUGGGCUAAUAGGUACACCCUUAUUGUAAUUUAAUACUGAACAGUAUUUAAUGUUUAUUCUUACUAGCACUCCUUCCUUGUGAAGCACAUAAAUGUUUCAUUUCCAUUGACUAUCAGAGACAAAGUGCCAGGAGAGUAAAUGAUUUGGUGAAAGCUCAUAAUUUUUAGUGGUAAAGCUCAAAUUUUGAGCUUCCAGCUGAGUCCCAAAACUAUCAGGGGUUCCUUAACUUGGGGUCCAUGGACCCUCCAAGGUAUCCUUGGAUAGAUUUCAGGGGAUCUGUGAACCUGGAUGGAAAACAAAUUUCAUCUUUAUUUUCACUAAUCUCUAAAUGAAAUUUAGUAUUUCCCUCCAUUAUGAAUGUAGACAAUAAAACAUGAUUCUGAGAAAGGGUUCCAAAGGCUUCGCCAGACUGCCAAAGGGGUCCAUUCCCCCUAAAAGGUUUAGAAUUCCUGCUAUAGAUUUACCUUAGCUACACGUGCCUUUAAUCUGAGAGAUAUGGGUUUAAUAAAAAUUAACCCACUCAAAGAAGCUUUCUGAAAUCUUAGAGGUUUGGCUCCCACGGAUGAUGGGAUUGGUGUACCUUUUUUUCCUUUUUUUUUUUUUUUUUAAACAUUUCUGCUAUAUGACUUUAGAUAAGCCAUUUGACAUUUCUGGCUCUCAGUUUUUUGGUUUGAGAAAUGAGGAGAUUGGACCUUUAGAGCAGUGGUGUCAAACUCAAACUGGAAAGAGAAUCAAUCAUACAUAAGGAUCCCUCAGGGCCACAUAUUGACUUAGAAGACCACAUGUUAAUAUUACCUAUGUAAUACAGGAGGGUGGUUCAUUGGGCGACACUGGGCCUAUAAUCAGGAAGACUCAUCUUAAUGAGUUCAGCUCUGUCAUCAGAUACUUCCUAUCUAUGUGACCCUGGACAAGUCACUUAAUCCUUUUGCCUCAGUUUCCUCAUCUGUAAAAUGAACUGGAGAGGAAAAAAAAUGACAAUCUACUUCUGUAUCUUUGCCAAGAAAACCCCUAACAACAGCAAAAGUUCUAUAAUAUUUUAAAUUUUGUGAACUAUUUCUCAUUCUCAAAAGUGUCAUGGUUGCUUGUUGCUCUUAGGCCAUAUUUUGACACCUCUGCCCUGAAAGAGUAUGUCCAGUGACUUUCUCUAGCUCUCCAAAAGCUUUUUGAUUCUAUGGAAUAAUAUUUCUGUUCUGAGUCUCUGGUAUUAGGUAUAAUCCAUAUAAACUCUUAUAUGGAUUAUAUGUAGGAUCCCAGAAAGUAUGCAAAAAAAGAGCUAGGGAGUAGACCCUUUUACCCCAUGAAGGAGAGUACCUGGCUUUCUUUAGGAUGAACUGCUCAAAAGAAUAGAUCCUGUUAGCACAUGGGUGUCCAGGGGGUGGGAUCUCUGUCUAGCAAAUUGUUGUCAGCUUGUUUUGACUUUAUUCUAUGUGGCUCAUUGGUGGGCUCAGACAUUAAUUACCUCCCUGACUUUUACUUCCUAUAGUUCCUGGCCAUUUUGCCAGAUGGCUAUUAGAAGUCCAUAGGAAAUCAAAAUUCAUAGAUGUGACAUAGGUGCUGCUGCUGUUUUGGGAGCCCAGCCGAAUGGUGCUUAGUUCCCCAAAUGCUUUCCCUUUGAAAAUAUCAGAAUUGACCUGCACAUCCUCCCACACCCUGAGAGACACUAAGUGUUGACUCUUGCUACUUUAAAGUCUACAAGUACAGCAUUGAGUUAGAUGACUUUCCUGAGGGAGAAGAUGCCGAUGUUUUUCUAUGAAAACCAUGGCAUUGCCAGGAAUGAGGACAGAAAUCUUUUGAAACCAUACUUUUCAUUUACCUGUCCCAUAGGGUGUGCCCUGGGGAUGUCCUAGAAUGGGGUUUUUAAUUUGGAAGAUUUCAGGGGGUCAGUGAGCUUCCAUCUUUAUUAUACUUGAUGUCUUUUAUUUUGUGCACUUAAACAUAUGACUCUGAGAAGGGACCUAUAUAUUUCACUAAAUGGAACACAGAAAAGGUGAAAAAUUCCUGUCCCCAAAAUCCAGGUCUUUUGGGCUUUAGAUCCACAUCACCCACCAUCCAUCAGCAUAGCCGUGCUUAGUUUGCACAAAAUUAAGUUAUACUUUUUCUGUAUUUUUCUUAAAUCCUUUUAGUAUAUUUUUAUUAUUAUUGCCAAUUAUAGUUUAAGCUAUUUAGGAUUUUGUGCCUGAAACCGUAGAUUUAUGGUGAACAUGGACAGGCUGAGGGUUUCCUUUCAUUUCUAUCUCUAGUUCCCCAAAGAAAAAGCCAUGGUAAUCCUCAAUCAUUUUCACUUUCUUAGCCCCUGGUACUACAGGUGUCUUGGAUGCUCAUGGUUCAGAUCCCUAAAUUACAGAGUCCCAAGCAGUUUCCUUGAGGCUUGGAAAUUUAACUAAGGUCCUUCUACCAUUGGAAAGAGAAGAGCCUUCAAGAAUGAGCCUAUCCUUCUCUAGUUGCAACAUGGCCUAAUGUCCAUGAGGGAGUUUUGAUGAAAGGUUCUGUCAGUCCUGUACCUGAGUCUCUCUUGUCCAUAAAGGAUGCUAUUCCUGUGAACUUCAGUUGCUGGGACACAGUCACAGUGCUUCUAUCACUCACUUGCCAGGGAGCUUGUGCUGAGUAAAAAGUCCUUUCCCCCAAAGGGUACAGCUGUAUUUUUCAUCCAUCUCAUUCUUAAAGUCCAUUUGAGUAUUUGAGUAUGAGUAACUAAUUUUUCAGAAAUAUUUAUUAUAAAGAAACUUGGGUGUGUGAUUCUAUAUGCACAAGAAGUGCCCACAAAUCUAUUUGGCUGAUUUCAGGGUAAACUAAGUUUUUGUUCAGUCAGUGCCGUGCCUACUUGCAAUGAUUUGUAAGAAGCAUUUUUUUUUCUGACUGUGUGUCUAAAAUAAGUUCUCAUUUCUGAAAAGCAGCAAUAAAAAUGCUCCAGGUAUCCCAGUGUUCAGUGAGUGAAAGGCUCAUGAACAAGUUGCCAGGGACCUUCAGAUCAUGAAGAUCUAUUAAAGGGAAACUUCCAUUUAGGAAGACAAUAGUUUUUCCAUGGGAUGUUUUCUUCCAACAUAUUUUCCAAUGUGUUUGAGGCAUUUUUGCUCCAUUUAAUUCAGCAAACAUUCAUUGAGCAACAACUAUGUAUUAACCACUGUGCCAAAUGACAGGGACAAAAACAAAAAAAUGAUGGCUUUAUGUAUACACAUAGAUACAAUGAGAGAGGCAAAAAAAGAGUGAUCACGAAUUUGAACAGGGAAAGCAUACUUUCAGUUGGGAAGCCUUUUUGAUUGCUCCUAAGUAAAUCAGGCAUUUUUCAGUAUUAAAUGAUAGACUGGGCCACAGUGGGUAUGAAUAAGUAUCACUUGAUCAUAAGGUCUUAUGCCAGCCAAAUUGAUUGAUUUGUAUUUGGAGUUUUUUUGGUUUGUUUUUUAGUGGAUUUCUAUUCUUGUUGAAUACGUAAUUGAUUUUUUUUCUCUAUCAAGAUCAUUUUCAAUAUUAUUCUUACUUGUCAUCCCUGCACAAGUAUUCCUCAUAUAAUCAUCAGAUUUAAAAUUGAGAGACUAUAAAGGAUUGAGGAAGUUUUAAUAGAUAAAUUAAAUGAUGUUAUUUCUUGAUCAUUCAGUAAAGAUCACAAAAUGCAGAACUAUUUUGUCCUUAUAUAAGAUGUCAGGAUGGUGUACGGUGCCUUUUGGGAUGUGGGCAUUGUCAAAGCUUGGUCAGAGUUGGGGUAUGGAGCAAGAAAAGAUAGAACCAAAAGUUGUGUCUUCACCACUCCCAGGAAAAAAUAAAAAUCAUUUUAAAAAUU